UUCUUCUUCUUUUCUACAUUAUAAUAAUAGCUUUAGUCUUCAUAAAAGGAGAAAUAUGUUUUCAUUUUCUUGUGUGAUAACUUGUUCGUCAAGUUUGGAUUGCGCUGGGUCAAUGGCUGGUCAACCAUCUGAAAAUGUAUGGAGGAGGCGAAAUAAAGCUCAUAGUCAUUAGCCCAUCUUCAUCCUCAUGGGCUUUUUAAAACAAGCCCACAUUGGCAUAAACUUGCCCAGGAAAAAAGAAGCAUGAGAACUGUUACGACAUUGAACCGGUUCGGUAUCAGUUUUGUGUCGUUUACUUUACCUGUACAAUUUUCCCCUUUCUUAUGUUCUUCCUGUCAUUAGGAUCACAGAUUCCAGACUAGUUCUUCAAUGGGAAAUUCUGUGUUCUUGCCAUUUCUGUCAAACCCUGAACUUAGAUGGAGGUGGGAGCUGUUCUUCUUUCUCUUAGGGACAUUGGUUUGGAGUUCUAUCGUAUGUUUUAUUCUAUAUUUUGGGUGGAAAAGAUUCCAGAAUCUUUUCAGUCAGUUGAGCAUUACCUUGGGUCUUUUAUGUUCCCUUUAUUAGAGGAAACACGUGCUGCAUUAUGUGCAAGCAUGAAUGUAAUUUCGGAGGCACCACUAGCAGAAGUAACCUCCCUUGAAGAGUCUAAGCCUUAUGGUUCACUCUUAUAUGAGAUCAAUGUUGACUAUUGGAAGAACAUGUUGAGAUCAUGUGGCAAGGAAGUUUACAAACCUAAGCCUGGGGAUAUUUUUGUUUUUUCAGAUAUGGUACCUGAAACUGUUUCUGACUUACAAUGUUAUGGGAGGUCAUGGACUUUUGCUGCAGUCAUUAAAACUCUUGACAAUGAAGAAUCAGAAGAGGACUCAGCUAUUUAUUUAAAAGUUAAGGCUUCAAAGGCUAUUGAAGUCAAAGAGGGGAUGCAGAAUUCACUUUUUGCAGUUUUUCUGAUAAAUAUGACGACAAACAAUAGAAUAUGGGCUGCUUUGCAAGGGAUAGGAAACUUGAAGAUUAUAAAGAAUAUUCUUGGCGACAAUCCUAUGGCUGAAAAUUGCUGCAGUAUCUGUUCACUUUGGGCUGAAAGAUUCGAGAAGGGGAUAUUACCUGAGUUGAAUGAGUCCCAAACCGAUGCAGUAUUACGCUCUAUUUCGGCAAUGCAGUGCAAUCACAAGUGUUUUGUUAAGCUUAUCUGGGGUCCACCAGGAACAGGAAAAACAAAAACAGUCAGUUCAUUGCUUUGGAGUGCCUUAAGAAUGAAUUGCAGAACUGUGGCAUGUGCUCCAACAAACAUUGCAGUUAAGGAGGUGGCCUCACGUGUCCUUGUGCUGGUUAAAAGUUUCGGGAAAAUUGAAUAUGGAAUGAAUAUCACAUGCUGUUCCUUGGGAGAUGUGAUGUUGUUUGGGAAUAAGGAUCGCUUAGAAGUUGAUUAUGAUCUUCAGGAAAUAUUUCUGGAUUAUCGAGUGGAUAGGCUUUCCGAAUGCUUUGGAAGGCUAACUGGAUGGAAGCAUCGCUUUACAUCCAUGAUAGAUUUUCUUGAGAAUUGUGUUCCACAGUACAAUAUUUACUUGGAAAAUGAACUAAGCCAAGUUCAUGAAGCUUGCGAGGAGAAAGAACCUAGCAAAGUCGUGCUAUCAUUUCUUGAUUGGACAAGGAAACGAUUCAAGGCAGUUGCACAACCACUAGAAGAAUGUGUCAGGACAUUAUGCACCCAUCUAUCCAAGCAUCAACUGCUGCCACAGGAUAUCCAAUGCAUGGCUUGUUUGCUUUAUUUCCUGGAUGCCUUUGAAAUUCUGUUGUUUCAACAUGAUGUGGUUGAGAAAGAGCUUGAGGAACUUUUUUUACAUUCAGAAGAAGUUGAGAUUCAAACACCUCCUCUGCUUAAACUUGAGUCUGAAUGUGGUAAUUGUUCCACAUCAGUCAUUUUAUCGAAGAUCAGAAACCAGUGUCUCUGUACUCUAAGAUCUCUACAUGAUUCUCUCAUAAAUCGUGAUCUUCCUCAAUCUAUGAGCAAAGAUUCAAUACGGGUUUUAUGUUUUCAAUCUGCUUGUUUAAUUUUCUGCACAGCAUCAAGUUCAUAUAAGUUGCAUUCUAUAGUAAUGGAGCCUCUUAAUUUAUUAGUUAUUGAUGAAGCUGCUCAGUUAAAGGAAUGUGAAUCAGCAAUACCUUUACAACUCCCAGGCAUACAGCAUGCUAUUCUCAUUGGUGAUGAGUGUCAGCUUCCUGCAAUGGUUGAAAGCAAGGUAUCUAGUGAAGCCGGUUUUGGAAGGAGUUUGUUUGAGAGGUUGAGUUUAGUCGAGCAUCCAAAGCACCUUCUCAAUAUGCAGUAUAGGAUGCAUCCUGAAGUCAGUAUUUUCCCAAAUGCAAAGUUCUACCGCAACCAGAUUUUGGAUUCACCAAGUGUUCAGGAUAAAAGUUAUGAGAGGCACUAUCUUCCUGGACCUAUGUAUGGCCCUUACUCCUUUAUAAAUAUCCCGGAUGGAAGAGAGAUAUUGGAUGUUGGACAUAGUCGAAAAAAUCUGGUGGAGGUAGCUGUUGUCGUAAAAGUUUUGCGGAAACUUUUUAAAGCAUGGGAGGCCUCAAGACAGGAGCUUAGCAUUGGAGUUAUUUCUCCAUACAAUGCUCAAGUUGCUGCAAUUGAAGAGAAACUUGGAGGAAUAUAUGAGAAACACAGUAACUUUGAGGUGAAAGUUAAUUCUAUUGAUGGUUUCCAGGGUAGUGAGGAAGACAUCAUAGUAAUCUCUACUGUCAGAUCCAACAAUGGAGGGUCAAUUGAGUUCUUGUCUAAUCCUCAGCGAGCAAAUGUCGCUCUUACAAGGGCCAGACAUUGCCUUUGGAUUUUAGGGAAUGUAAAAACUUUGAUCAACAGUGGUUCUAUCUGGUCUGAAUUAGUCUAUGAUGCCCAAAAGCGCCAGUGCUGUUUCAAUGCUGAUGAUGACAAAGAUCUGGCUAAAGCAAUAGUGCAGGUCAAGCAAGAGCUUGACCAGCUAGAUGAUUUACUUAAUGGGGACUCGAUACUUUUCAAAAACGAAAGGUGGAAGGUUCUCUUCAGUGAAAGCUUCAGGAAAUCUUUUGGGAAACUGAAAUCAACACAAAGAAAGAAAUCAGUGAUUAAUUUAUUACUGAAGCUCUCAUGUGGAUGGCGCCCCAAAAAAGGAAAAGUAGACCCCGUUUGUGAAAGCUCUGUACAGCUUGUGAAACAGUUCAAGGUUGAAAAUUUGUAUAUUAUUUGUUCCGUUGAUAUUAUGAAAUAUGAAACCUAUGUGCAAGUUCUGAAGAUUUGGGAUAUUUUGCCUCUAGAGGAGAUUCCAAAACUGGUUAAACGUUUGGAUAACAUCUUUGUAGCAUUAACAGAUGAUUUUGUCAAUCGCUGCAAACAGAAAUGCGUCAAUGGGGAUUUGGUAGUGCCAAUGAGCUGGCCAAGCUCUGACAGCAUUGUUCGGAGUAGGAACAUAUGCUGUACAGAACUACAGAAGGUUUCAACCGAUGGCAACUUUGAUGGUAGAAGCUAUAUUGAAAAUUCAAGGGUGAGUGAGAGUUUGCUACUGAUGAAAUUCUACUCAUUAUCAUCUGGCGUUGUUGGGCAUCUUCUCUCUGGACGUGAUGGUAGAGAACUUGAUCUUCCAUUUGAAGUAACAGAUCAGGAGCGGGAGAUUAUUCUUUUCCCUCGUACCACGUUCAUCCUAGGAAGGUCUGGAACGGGGAAAACAACUGUAUUGACCAUGAAAUUGAUUCAAAAGGAGCAACAAAAAUACCUUUCCUCCGAAGGACAGGCUGAAUUGAAGUUUAACACAAGUAAGGAUGUCCACAAGAGAGAAGAGAUUGCGGAGGGUGUUGGAGAAGCUAGUGGCACUGGCUUACGUCAGAUGUUUGUUACAGUUAGCCCCAAGUUAUGUUCUGCUGUCAGGAAGCAAAUUUCUCAUUUGAAAAGCUUUACCUGUGGAGGAAGUUUUUCAGGAGCUAAUUCAAUUGGUAUGCAUGAUAUUGAUGACAUGGAUUUCUCUGUGGAUAUUCCUGACUGUUUCCGUAAUGUUCCAGCUACUACCUACCCUUUAGUCAUACCGUUUCUGAAAUUUCUUAUUAUGCUUGAUGCAAGCAUGGAAAACUCAUUCUUCGAUAGAUUUCAUGAUGGAAAUAAAUUUCCGCUUGGUACAACUGGAACUUUUAAUUCAGUUGCAUUGCAGGCCGUCAUAAGAAUGAAAGAGGUUAACUAUGACAGGUUCAAUUUAUUAUAUUGGCCACAUUUUAAUAGUCAAUUAACUAAUAAGUUGGAUUCUUCCUUGGUGUUUAAGGAAAUAAUUUCUCAUAUAAAAGGUGGAAUGGAUGCAGGCAGGGCACAAGAUGGUAAACUUAGCCGGGAGGAUUAUGUUGCCCUGUCUGAAGGCCGGGUGUCCACCCUAAGUAGAGAAAGAAGAGAGGUUAUUUAUGAUAUCUUUCUUGAUUAUGAGAAGAAGAAGCUUAUGAGUGGUGAGUUUGACUUGGCUGAUUUAGUUAUUGACCUUCAUCACCGAUUGAGAGAUGGAAGCUAUGAAGGUGAGGAAAUGGACUUGGUCUAUAUUGAUGAGGUCCAAGAUCUGACAAUGAGGCAGAUUGCUCUGUUCAAAUAUAUUUGCAGAAAUUCUUCUGAUGGUUUUGUCUUUGCUGGAGAUACUGCCCAAACUAUUGCCAGGGGGAUUGAUUUCAGAUUCCAAGAUAUAAAAUCUCUGUUCUUCAAAGAGUUCCUUUCAGAGUCAGGAAGUGAUAACAAUGAGAGAGUGAAAAGAAGUAGCCAACCGCGUGUCUCAGAGAUUUUCCAUUUAAACCAGAACUUCCGAACCCAUGCUGGUGUUCUCAAUCUGGCACACAGUGUCAUUGACCUUUUAUACCGUUUCUUUCCUCACUCUAUUGAUGUUUUAAGCCCGGAGACAAGUCUUAUAUCUGGAGAAGCUCCUGUGUUGCUUGAAUCUGGAAAUGACGAAAACUCAAUUAUAACUAUUUUUGGCAAUAGUGGAACAAUCUCUGGAAGUAUGAUUGGCUUCGGAGCUGAGCAGGUCAUAUUGGUACGUGAUGAUUCUGCAAAGAAGGAAGUCUCUGACCAUAUUGGAAAGCAAGCUCUUGUUUUAACAAUACUUGAGUGCAAAGGACUUGAGUUUCAGGAUGUACUGCUAUACAACUUUUUUGGCACAUCUCCUUUCAAAAAUCAUUGGAGAGUUGUGUAUGAGUACAUGAAAGAACAGGAUAUGCUUGAUGCCUCUUUACCAAGGUCAUUUCCAAGUUUCAAUAAGGCAAAACAUAAUGUUCUUUGCUCUGAAUUGAAGCAGUUAUAUGUGGCUAUAACUCGUACAAGGCAAAGAUUGUGGAUCUGUGAGAACAUAGAGGUGUUGUCCAGACCUAUGUUUGAUUACUGGAAAAAGUUGUGCCUAGUGCAAGUUAGAAAACUUGAUAGCUCACUUGCACAGGAGAUGCAAGUUGGAAGCAGCAAAGAGGAGUGGCGUUUACGUGGCAUCAAGCUAUUUGAUGAGGGGAAUUUUGAGAUGGCUACAAUGUGCUUUGAAAGAGCUGAAGACACUUACAGGGAGAAAUGGGCUAAAGCUGCUCGUCUUCGAGCUGAUGCUGACCGCAUGCAUGGCUCUAAUUCUGAAAUGCGGCGUAUUGCUCUUUCAGAAGCUGCAGAUAUUUAUGAAGAAAUUGGUAGAGCUGCGUCUGCUGCCAAGUGUUUUGUUGACUUGGAGGAAUUUAAAAGGGCAGGUAUGAUUUAUAUGGAGAAAUGUGGGGAAUCAAGGCUUGAGGAUGCUGGUGACUGUUUUUCAUUGGCUGAAUGUUGGAGUGUUGCUGCUGAUCUAUAUGCUAGGGGCAACAAUUUCUCGAAGUGCUUGGCGGCUUGCACCAAUGGAAAACUCUUUGACAUGGGACUGCAAUUCAUUGAAUGCUGGAAGGAAAAUUCAACUCCUGCCAUUGAUAUGGUUGCAAAAAGUCAAAAAUUGGAGGAAAUGGAACAAGCUUUCCUUCAAAAUUGUGCAAGUCACUAUCAUGAGCUUAAAGAUACAAAAAGUAUGAUGAAGUGUGUGAGGGAAUUUCACUCUAUUGAGUCUAUUCGCACUUUCUUGAGGUCAUGGGAUUAUCUCACUGAGCUUAUGCUGUUGGAGGAAGAAUAUGGGAAUUUUUUUGAGGCUGCCAGCAUUGCACGGAUGAAAGGUGAUAUUCUUUUUGAGGCUGAUAUGCUAGGGAAGGCUGGAUAUUUCGAAGAUGCAUCGAGGCUUAUUAUCUUUUAUGUCAUUGGAAUCUCUCUUUGGGGAUCUGGAAGCAAAGGCUGGCCACCAAACCAUUUUUUUCAGAAGGAAGAACUCUUAAUGAAAUCCAAAUUGAUUGCAAAAAAUGAAUCAGAAUUCUUCUAUGAGAUGGUCAGCAUGGAAGCCACCAUAUUAUUAAACCAAGAGCGAAGCUUGUUAGAAAUGGGACAAUUCUUAAGGGCUUCCCAUGAAUUCAGAAGUUUCUUAGGUGAUUAUUUCUGUGCUCGGAAAAUUCUUGAUCUUCAUUUUCAUCGGGAACCCUCUAAAUAUGAGUGGGAACAGGAAGUCAUCCUGGAUCAGACGAAUCAUGUGUAUAACACCAUUUGCAGGAAUGGCGUCUCCAUUGAAACACUUGUUUACUUUUGGAACUUUUGGAAGGGCAUAGUUGUAAAUAUAUUUCAUUACCUCCAGUCUAUUGGGUCUCCCCUCCAUAAGAAUGAACAUAUGGACCAUGAACAGCUUUGUUUGGAUUAUUUGGGUGUGCGAAAGCAGGAAAAUAAUUAUGAUAUACUCUACAUUUUGCUCAACUCUAAUGCUUAUUGGGUCAAAGAAAUUGAUGAAAGAGCAUUUAGGAGAAACGGGAACUUGGUUGGUCUCAAUCUUCACCAGUUUGUCUCUGCUGCUAGGAGCCACUGGUGUUCAGAAGUAGCCUUUGUUGGUAUUAAAGUACUGGAAAGACUGGAAGCCCUUUAUAAUUUCGCUAGGCGCUAUUCUUCCAAAAUAUUUUGCCAAGGGAUGGUUGUCCUCCACAUGUAUGAAGUAUCACAAUUCUUAAUUGAGUCAGAUUUGCUGGUACGGAAAUACCGUUUGCGUGACAUUCAGAAGUUCCUUGAAUCAUCUAGAGUGCGCUUCUUUGAUACUUUAUUUCCCCAGGACUGGAGGCUAGCAGUGACAGAGAAUUUGAUUGCCUGGAGGGAGACCUCUCUUUUUAGGGAUUUACUUACAGAUGUUAUAAUUGAUAAUUUGAAGGGUAAGCCAACAUAUGGGCAAAUUGGAAGGGUGGUGAUGCUGAUCUUUGUAUCUGGAGAUGUAACAGUUGAACUGUAUGAGACGAUUGCAAGCCAAUCUUGUUUGAAGACACCUUGGAAAGCAUUCAUCGAGGAGUUGAAGGAAAACAAGGGGUCAGGAUUUGCGCAGAUCUCUCUAGUCUGCAAGCUUCAGCAGGCUCUGGAAGAUACUUUCAGAGUUAACUGGAAGAAGGAAUCUGACUAUAUGUCACCUCACUGUUACAUAUAUCUUGUUGAGCGCCUUUUGUAUUGGGCAUCUUCUUGCCGAGGAUAUUUUUUCACAACAAAAUUUUCUAUUGUUGAUUCACUUGCUUGCCGAGAGUGGAAUACUGGGUCCGGCAUUCUUGGGGCUACUGAUAUGCAUGCAUCAUUGAAAGCUUCAUAUGAUUUUAUUGCUGGACAAGUUGAGCUACUACUUUUUGACAAGCAUGGGACAUUUGAAUGGCUUAAGAGAUUCAAAUUUACCAUCAAGGACUAUUAUCCUUCUUUUGUGUUAAGAUUGAUUGUUGUGAUUAGUUUAGUUUGUCUCAACUGUGGGAGUCAUUUUGAUUUACUUUAUAGACUGCUAAGGAUGAAUGACAUUAUUGAAAAACUACCUCAAUCAUUCCUUGGGAUCCUUAAGGGAAGGUGGAAGUUUAGAUUUUCUGAUGUGCUAGCAGCAGUCCUUGAAACUAUUGAGAAUCCCCUAGUACUGAUUUCAGGAAGUAAUUGUCCAGAAAAUUUAUGUUCAGAUGCAAUAGUUGUAAACAUGGGGGCCAUCCAAUGCAAAGAGGAUUUAUUAAGAGUUUUAUUUCCUAAGAGUUUUGAAGAUGCAGAAAGUCAAAUUUGUUCUGUUGAAUCGGAAAGGAUUAUUUCAUGUAAUCAAGAUCUUUCUUCAGGGAGAACUGAUCAGAAGAAUAUUGCUGAACCUCCUUCUGCUGAGACUGUAAAUGAAGGGAACAAUGUUAAACUUUCUUCUGCCGCUGAGUUAGGUGGGAAGUUUGAUCCAAUCAUUGAGAGGGAAGAUGAAAAAGAAAGAACUGAUCUGCCAAUGAUUUAUGGGCAUUUUUGGAAAACUUUUGAAUAUUAUGGGAAUGCUAUGAGCUUGGCUUCUAAAGACCCUCAGAUCAAGGUCUCAGUGAAGGAAUCUAUUUGCAUUAUGGAGUUUGCUAUAACCCAAUUGGUGCAUAAGAACAACUGUCCAAAUGAAGAUUUAAAUUUGUUUGAAGAAGCAAAACAAAUGCUUGGUGAUUUGACUAACCUCUCCUUUGCUUUGGAUGCCAGUGAUGAAGAGCUUAAGAAUAAUAUUUCAACAAUCGUAGAACUUUUUAGAAAGUUGAGUGAAAGAAGGCCAAGACUCGAGAAUUUGUUGGAUUCCCUGUUCUUGCAAAGUAACUCAGACACACUCACCGAGGCAUUACAGGAUGGUGUCGCCUCAGGAACCCAAGAUCACAGCAGCAAAGAGGAAGAAAAUAAUGACAAGGGUAAUAGAAAUACCUAUUCCAAGAAGGGGAAGAAGAAGAAGGCUUCAGCCAUUAUUAUUUCAUCAGAAGCAGAAAGGACUUGCAAUAAUGAAAACGAAAAUGGAAAGGGGAAAGGAACUUCCAAUUCAAAGGAAAAUGAAAGGGGGAAAGGAACUGCCAAGCCAAAGGAAAAUGGAAAGGGGAAAGGAACUAACAAGUCAAAGAAUGGGAAAAAGGGCAAAAGAAAGAAGUAAUUAUAUGAAUUCUUUUUCUCUACUGUGUUCCCUCGAAUGUUUUUCCUUCAUUUUUUGUAUAUCCUGCUUUCGUCAAUGGCUUAUUUCUUUGUAAAUUUUCUUGACUUCUAAGCAAAUUGAACCCCAUCCUUCUGUUCUUUUUUUCA